GGUCCCGGCGACCCGACGUGACGAGCCCGCUCGAGACGAUGCCGCCGUGGAGACCGCCGAGGAAGCGAAGGAGCCCGCCGAGGCUGACAUCAACGAGCUCUGCCGGGACAUGUUCUCCAAGAUGGCCACGUACCUGACUGGGGAGCUGACGGCUACCAGUGAAGACUAUAAGCUCCUGGAAAAUAUGAAUAAACUAACCAGCUUGAAGUACCUUGAAAUGAAAGAUAUUGCUAUAAACAUUAGUAGAAAUUUAAAGGACUUAAACCAGAAGUAUGCUGGGCUGCAGCCUUACCUGGACCAGAUCAACGCCAUCGAGGAGCAGGUAGCCGCUCUUGAGCAGGCAGCCUACAAGUUGGAUGCAUAUUCGAAAAAACUGGAAGCCAAGUACAAGAAGCUGGAGAAGCGAUGAGCUCUUAUUCUAUGGGGCAGUCUUUCUUGGUGUGGAAGAAUGUUUUGUAAGAACUGAAUCCUGAGGUUAAUGAAUUGUCGGAACUCCUCAGAAGGAAACUGAGCUGAUCAUCCCAGGACUAUCCAGCGUUGGAGUAAACUGGAGGAUGUGGCUACUCCUGAGCCUGCUUUGAGGCAGUACCCCUCAGAAACUCACACUUACAACUCGGAACCUUUUACUUGAAUACUUCGUCAUCCAUUCAGGACAGAGACUCUCCAAGUUCAGGCUAAGCCUGGACUUACAGUAGACUCCAAUGCGAGGGCCUGUUUUUCUCUGGGAGUGGUUGAUUACUACAUUAUUUUCUUAAAUGGAUGGUUUUUGAGUUACUGUAUAAAUGUUUGUUUUUUUCUAUUAUUGAUGCUAAUGUAUUAACAAGAUUUUAAAGAGGAAAACAAAAAAUGUGUUCUUUGCAGUUUAUCACCUUGUUAAUGUCAGCAAUUUACUUUUCUGUACUAUUACAAGUAGUAGGAAGUUUUAAAAUAAUAUCAGACCGAGUCUUCCAGACUGAACAGAAAUAGUGAGAGGAGCGUUUUGAUAGCGUGGUGUGUGGGACAGGCCUCUUGCCCCUUUUCUGUGUGGAUCAGAUGUUGGGGAUGGAUGCCAUCUUGAUAUGUGCUCCCUUUGGGAAAUGGAUAAAGAGAAAGACAAGGCAUAUAUGUGUGUGGGGGGGGUGGAGCCUGUCUCCUAAAAUAAAGCACUUUGUAGAAUA